UGUCAUGUAUGACGGGAAGGGAAUGGUUCCUUGAUAAUCAUCCUCCGCCUCAAUUGGAGUCAUAUUUUCAACUUUUACAUAAGAGACAAAAGAAGAGCCAAAAAACAUAAUCUUUGGGAUGAACAUUUUUUGGUUAUAUUUUUGCCGCAGUAGCUUGAUCACCUUUUUCAAUGUGAUAACAGUCUAGGAAUUUCUGUUCCACCGUGGCAACGAUGAAAUCCAAGGUUGGUACAAACUAUUGGAUCCAUAUUAGGGAGGAGGGACAGAGACAAGGUGGGUCCCAUUAGAUGCCUAGUUUAAACCACUUAUGCAAUCUGUUGACGUAGGAGGUUUUUUUGAGCUCCUCACGUGAAUGCUGAUUUCUGUUUUUAUCUGUAUUUUUUAGUCUAUAUAAAAUGGCCUUAAACUUGAAUGUUGUUGUACAGUUGUACUACAAGACCAAUAGAUAUGAAGGCGGCCAGUACUUUAACCUCAACUAUUCUGGCUAUUCUCUUUUGUGUGUCAGCAGCUGGUACUAGAACAAAGUUACUUUCAGUCCCAGGUCAGAAUGGUGCUUCUUCAUUUGCAGCAUCCGGCAAUGAUGAUGAUGGCAUUUGUAUAUCGCUGGUGAAGAAACAAGGCUAUAUUUGUGAAGAACAUACUGUUACUACAAAAGAUGGGUAUAUUCUCAGCAUGCAGAGAAUUCCUUUGGGGAGGUCAGAGGGAAAGGGAGGAAGUAGGGUACCGGUUGUUUUACAACAUGGGGUCCUAAUGGAUGGGGUGACAUGGCUGCUUCUACCUCCAGAGAAAUCUUUAGCAUUCCUUCUCGCUGAUAAUGGAUAUGAUGUGUGGAUAGCCAAUACUCGUGGAACUAAAUAUAGCCAAGGCCAUGUAUCUCUCAAUCCUAACGAUAAGGUUUAUUGGCAUUGGACAUGGGAUGAAUUGGUGGCUUAUGAUCUUCCAGCUACACUUCAGUAUGUUCAUGAUCAAACAGGAGAAAAGCUGCAUUAUGUUGGGCAUUCACUGGGUACUUUGAUUGCUCUAGCUGCCUUUUCCAAAAAUCAGUUGUUGAAUAUAGUUAGAUCAGCUGCCUUACUUAGCCCAAUCGCUUAUGUGGGUCAGAUGACCUCACCUCUUGCAAGAUAUGCUGCUGAACACUUUAUUGCCGAGGGAUUAUAUUCGUUAGGUGUUCAUGAAUUUGAUCCGGUAGGGGACGACGUAGAAAAAUUGCUGAAGGAUGUCUGCAAGAAUCUGGCUGUUGACUGCACCAACUUGUUGACCAUUUUCACAGGCCAGAAUUGCUGCCUGAAUUCUUCCAUAGUAGAUAUUUUUCUUGCCCAUGAGCCUCAGUCAUCAGCGACAAGAAACAUGAUCCAUCUUGCUCAGAUGAUAAGACAAGGAACAAUCACAAUGUUCGACUACGGAAAUGAAGAUGAAAACAGGAAACACUAUGGGAAGCCCAACCCUCCAGCGUAUGACAUGACAGGCAUUCCAAAUGAUCUUCCUCUUUUCCUCAGCUAUGGUGGGGCAGAUGCUCUUUCUGAUGCCAAAGAUGUGCACCUAUUGCUUGACAGCCUCAAAGAUCACGAUGGGGAUAAGCUUGUGGUUCAGUACAGGGAUGAUUAUGCGCAUGCAGAUUAUGUUAUGGCUGAAAAUGCUAAGCAAGUUGUCUAUGAUCCUCUCAUAGCUUUCUUUAAGCUUCAGUGAAAAUAUUACUUGUAAAAAACAGAAAAUACAGUUGCACCUUUUUUCUUUUUUUGGUCCACAUACAAGUUGUCUUCACAGAUAGAAAUAUCUCUUCUUUUGUACCACAAAUCAUAAUUAUUGUUA